UGUGUGUGUGUGUGUGCUUGUCUGUCUGUCCCAGGUGAUGCCCUAGACAUAGCGGACCUGACCUUGGUGAACCCUGACCCCAUGGUGACAUCAUCAGACUCCUCCCUCCACUGUGUCAGUAGUGACUGGACCUCCCGGCAGGACAGUGCUGCCUCCAGCUCCAGCAGUACCCUGGGUAUGGGAUGGGACUUUCACACAAGAUGAACACAUUCCCUUUGCAAUUCUAACAUUAUCACGGCUCAGGCUAAGACCCAGAUGCAGACACAGGAGGCGGAUAGUACGAGUCUCAGAGUUUAUUACAGAACAAGCGGCAGGCAAAAAGGUAAGUCAAGGCAGGCAAGAGUCGUAAUCCAAAUCAGAGUCAUGCAGGUACAGGACGGCAGGCAAUCGGUAGGUCAAGGCAGGCAAAGGGUCGUAAUCCAAAUCAGAGUCAUGCAAGUACAGGACGGCAGGCAGGAUCAGGGUCAGGACAGGCAGAAAGGUCAGAACUGGGAAGACUUGGAAAAACUAGAGCACUGGACACACGGGAACACGCUGGUAGGACUUGACGGGACAAGACGAACUGGCAACAGACAAACAGGAGACAAAGGGCUGUGAGACAGAGGUUUAAUCCUAGACACAUGAAAAGUGGGAUGUAUGCGGAGGGUACGGGGCAACAGAAGACGAAUAGCAGAAGGGUUAAGGAUUUUAGAGAUGGAGAAAGGGCCGAUGAAACAGGGGGGAAAGUUUUCGGGGCUCCACCAUGGAGGGGCAGGUCCCGAGUGGAAAGCCAUACCCUUUGCCCGAGCCGAUAGCGGGGAGCAGGGAUCCGGUGGCGAUCCGCCUGUCGCCGAUACCUGGAUGUGGUCUUCAUAAGACCGGCCUGGGCUCUCUUCCAGGUACGGCGACAGCGGCGGACAAACAUCUGGGCAGAGGAUAUGCUGACUUCUUCCUCUUGCUCAGGGAAGAGCGGGGGCUGAUAUCCCAAGUAACACUCGAAGGGCGAGAAACCAGUGGCUGAGCAGGGAAGGGUGUUACGUGCAUAUUCCAUCCACACAAGUUACUGUCUCCAAGUGGUAGGGUUGGCGGAGACGAGGCAACGAAGAGCCGUCUCCAGGUCCUGAUUGGCUCGCUCCGACUGGCCAUUCGAUUGGGGGUGAAAACCAGAGGACAGGCUGGCCGACGACCCAAUGAGGAUGCAGAACGCCUUCCAGAACCGGGACGAGAACUGAGGACCACGAUCGGAGACCAUGUCGACCGCAAGUCCAUGGAUCCGGAAGACGUGCUCCACCAUGAGCUGAGCCGUCUCCUUGGCUGAGGGUAACUUGGGAAGGGGAAUAAAAUGGGCGGCUUUAGACAAACCUAUCCACCACCGUCAGGAUCGUGGUGUUGCCAUCUGAUGGAGGAAGACCAGUAACAAAGUCCAGGGAUAUAUGGGACUAGGGGCGGUGAGGAACAGGGAGUGGUUGAAGAAGGCCAGCCGAGGCUUGCCGCAGAGUCUUGUUUUGUGCACACACAGUGCAGGCGGUGACGAAUGUGGAGACAUCAGGAACCAUGGAAGGCCACCAAAAGCGUAGUCGGAUGAAAGCCAGGGUCCGACGGGAGCCUGGAUGGCAUGUCAGUCUCGAGGAAUGUGCCCAUUCCAGGACCGGGGAACGGGCAGAGUCCGGGACAAACAUCCAGUUAGCCUGACAGAGAAGCAGCGGGGCUAUACAAACUUGAGAGUGUGUCAGGCUUCACAUUCUUGGACCCUGGGUGGUAGGAGAGUGAAAUUGAAACGGGUGAAUAACAGGGCCCAACGAGCGUGCCUAGAGUUGAAGCGCUUAGUGGUGUUGAGAUAUUCCAGGUUCUUAUGGUCAGUCCACACUAAGAAUGGGUGUUCUGCCCCCUCCAACCAGUGCCUCCACUCCUCCAAAGCCAUCUUGACGGCGAGGAGUUCUCGAUUUCCCACAUCAUAGUUCCUCUCAGCAGGGGUAAGACGAUGGGAGAGAAAAGCGCAUUGGUGCAGCUUUUGGUCCUGGGCAGAACGCUGGGCCCCCACUCCGACAUCCGAGGCAUCGACCUCCACCACAAACUGACGGGACGGGUCCGGAUGGAUUAAAAUGGGGGCUGUAGUGAAUCGAUGUUUGGACCUCCACCACUAACUGACGGGACGGGUCCGGAUGGAUUAAAAUGGGGGCUGUAGUGAAUCGAUGUUUGGACCUCCACCACGAACUGACGGGACGGGUCCGGAUGGAUUAAAAUGGGGGCUGUAGUGAAUCGAUGUUUGGACCUCCACCACGAACUGACGGGACGGGUCCGGAUGGAUUAAGAUGGGGGCUGUAGUGAAUCGAUGUUUGGACCUCCACCACUAACUGACGGGACGGGUCCGGAUGGAUUAAAAUGGGGGCUGUAGUGAAUCGAUGUUUGGACCUCCACCACGAACUGACGGGACGGGUCCGGAUGGAUUAAAAUGGGGGCUGUAGUGAAUCGAUGUUUGGACCUCCACCACGAACAGACGGGACGGGUCCGGAUGGAUUAAAAUGGGGGCUGUAGUGAAUCGAUGUUUGGACCUCCACCACGAACUGACGGGACGGGUCCGGAUGGAUUAAAAUGGGGGCUGUAGUGAAUCGAUGUUUGGACCUCCACCACGAACAGACGGGACGGGUCCGGAUGGAUUAAAAUGGGGGCUGUAGUGAAUCGAUGUUUGAGGUCCAAGAACUCCCUGUCAGCUGCUGGCGACCACAUGAAUGGAACCUUGGGAGAGGUGAGUGCUGAGAGGGGCGGAAGCCAGGGUGCUGUAGCCAGGGUGCUAUAACCAGGGUGCUGUAACAAGGGUGCUGUAGCCAGGGUGCUGUAGCCAGGGUGCUGUAACCAGGGUGCUGUAACCAGGGUGCUGUAACCAGGGUGCUGUAACCAGGGUGCUGUAGCCAGGGUGCUGUAACCAGGGUGCUGUAACCAGGGUGCUGUAACCAGGGUGCUGUAACCAGGGUGCUGUAACCAGGGUGCUGUAAGCAGGGUGCUGUAAGCAGGGUUCUGUAACCCCAGAUGAAGCAGCGGUAGAUGUUAGCAAAUCCCAGGAAACGUUGCAGCUGCACUCUGGAUGUGGGUUGAGGUCAAUCCACCACCGCUCUCACCUUGUCUGGAACCAUCUGUAUGUGUACUGCAGCGAUGACGUAUCCUAGGAAGGAGAUGAUGGUGCGAUGGAAUCCACACUUCUCCGCUUUGACGAAAAGCUGGUUCUCCAGGAGACGCUGAAGGAUCUGUCGGACGUGGAGGACGUGCUCUCAAGCUGAACGGGAAAAAACAAGGAUGUCUGCGAGGUAGACAAACACGAACCAGUUCAGCAUGUCCCGGAGCACAUUGUUGACCAGGGCCUGGAACACAGUGGGAGCGUUGGUCAGUCCGAAUGGCAUAACCAAGUACUCAUAGUUCCCACUAGCUGUGUUAAAGGCUGUCUUCCACUCGUCUCCUUCCCGUAUCCAAACCAGAUGGUAGGCGUUCCGAAGGUCCAACGUUGAGCACAUGGUUACUCCCUGAAGAGGUUCGAAAGCCGAGGAGAUGAGUGGUAGAGGGUAACGGUUUUUAACCGUGAUGUCAUUAGGGCCCCGGUAGUCAAUACACGGGCGCAGGGUUCUGUCCUUCUUCUCCCAAGCCUGCAGGAAGACGUCUCGGGGCUGGCUGUACACAUGGCAGAACGGGCUCCAACCUACGCCCGAACCAGUAGCCCAGUCGAUCAGGGGAUUGUGCUUCUGGAGCAAUGAAUGCCCCAAAACCACGGGUACAUGGGGAGAUUCUAUGAGCAGGAACUGCAUACACUCACUGUGAUUUCCUGAUACUCGUUGGUUGAUAGGAACCGUAUUGCGGGUGACUCUGCCAAUAGAGCGCCCAUCCAGCACUCUGACGUCCAUGGGAAUGAAGAGGGGUUGAGUGGAGAUUCCCAAAUCCGACACCAACGUAGCGUUGAUAAAGCUCUCGUCGGCCCCAGAGUCAAUGAGCAGAUUUGGCCUGGUCACCCCACAACAAGGUGGAAUGGAGAGGGGUACGAGUAAUGGGAGAUUGGAAAAUCCCUGUACGGCUCACCAGAGCUCACCUACUGAUGAGUCCUGUCUUUUUAAUGGACAGGUGGAAAUAUGAUGUCCUGUAGUCCCGCAAUACAGACAGCUCCUGGUGCUCAAUCUGCGUAAACGUUCAUCCGGAGACAAUCUAGCCCUUCCCGGUAGCUUGGGCUCUGGAGGAGGCGAGUCGACCGCCCUCGGGUGUCGGGUGACAUCGGAUUCUCUCGGUAAGGUGCACAUCGGGAACUUACGGGAUUCCUCGGAGACGAGGUGGGAGCAGUGGACAAGUGAGUGUGACCGGGAACUUUGCGAAAAUCUACCGCGUGGUCUGUCACACUACGGGAGUUUUGACACAGUUGGAGUAGCUUCUGAGCAGCCUCUCUCCCAGACAACGGAGAGUCAGACACCUUCCUUACUUCCGCCACAAAACUCCUCCAGCCUGAGGCAAACGCUGCGUUGUUGCUCCUAACAUCGCCGUAGCCCAGGCGAGUGCCCUCCUGGACAUCACGUGAUAAGAUACGCUAUCUUUGAACAGUCCGACGGAAAAGAAGAGGGCUGCAGCUCGAAAAUGAAGGAGCACUGGGAGAGAAACGCAGGUUCCGGGAUCCCCAGCGUAGUGCUCCGGAGGAGGUAAGCGGGGUUCUCGGAAAGCCGGGGUAGGCUGGGGAGAAGCACCGCUGGUAGCGGGGUUACUGACAGUCUGGGAGGUUUCCGUUGUGGCUUGCUGCCUUAUAGAUAGUCCGCGGAUUUGUUCCAACAAUGCACUGAAGGCAUGGUCAUGGUGUUCCGCCAAGGUUAAGUAGUAACUCCUCGUGUCUUCCAAUGGCGGCUCCUUGUGAGGAGACAGUGUUGCAGAGAUGGUCAGAGUCUGCUGGGUCAGUCAUGGCCAGUUCGUACUAUCAAGGCUCAGGCUAAGACCCAGAUGCAGACACAGGAGGCGGAUAGUACGAGUCUCAGAGUUUAUUACAGAACAAGCGGCAGGCAAAAAGGUAAGUCCAGGCAGGCAAAGAGUCGUAAUCCAAAUCAGAGUCAGGCAGGUACAGGACGGCAGGCAGGAUCAGGGUCAGGACAGGCAGAAAGGUCAGAACUGGGAAGACUAGGAAAAACUAGAGCACUGGACACACGGGAACACGCUGGUAGGACUUGACGGGACAAGACGAACUGGCAACAGACAAACAGAAAACGCAGGUAUAAAUACCCUGGGGAUAAUGGGAGACACCUGGUGGGGGGGUGGAGACACCUGGUGGGGUGUGGAGAUACCUGGUGGGGGGUGGAGACAAGCACAAAGACAGGUGAAACAGAUCAGGGUGUGACAAACAUGUUCCAUGGCAUGUGAAAUAACUUGAAAACAUGUUUCCAAUACAGUUGAAAUUUGUAGAACACAUUUUUAGUAUUUUACCAUACACUUUCUGUUACAAUAAAAUGUGUUUUAUUGUGUAGUUAUUGUAUUUCCAACACAUUUUUAACAUGUACAUUUCCGUUAGGUAUGGGCCGUGACUUCCCCCUGACCCACCCCCAGAGCCUGCCAGUCAGCCCCGAUACAGCCUACCACCAUGCCUCCAAGAUCGAAUGGAAGACUCGCAGUGAUAUAUUUGGGGAGUUCUACUGCAGGGCCAGAAAGAGUGACAAAAAUCAGAUAUAUACUUAUAAGAUGCUGAAUGAAGGUAAUAACGCAUUGAUACAGUUCUGUAUUUACUAUAGCAAAAUGUGAUAUUGUUUUGAGGUUUUCAGUGACUCCUAAAUGAAACAUGUUCUAAAUGAAACAAGUUCUAAAUGAAAACAUGUUCUAAAUGAAACAAGUUCUAAAUGAAACAAGUUCUAAAUGAAACACGUUCACCCUCCCUUUUGGCAUGAUAAACUGUUAUUCUGACUCCCUACUGAAACCCAAACAAUGUCAACCCUACAGACAGGGUGAACAUUCUCUUCCCGACAAAAUGUUUGUUUGCCUGAUGCCUUCCUUUCUGGACCCUAAGUCACACUGCAAAGUCACACUGCAAAGGCACAGCAAACCUGUACCACCAUACAUCCUCUUUCUGAUUGUUUUCAUUAGGGAGUUACAAAUAACAUUAUUUAUGUUCAUUGUUUAUUUAAUAUUUGUGGGUACGUGACAGAAUUACACAACAAAAGUCUUGCAGAAUUCUAAGAACUAUUGGGAACUCGUCCAGACCGCUGUGCUAAGAAACUAUGAAAACUAAGAACUCUCGCUGUGCUGUCUGGUUUCUGCUGCCUGUUACUGAGUAUAUCAUUGUGUUUUUAUUCCCCCCCUAGCUGCAUUCCUGCCAGAGUCCCUGACCACCACAGUCAGCAUAGGAGAAGAUGUCAACAUCUCUUUCACACGCAGGAAAGUGUUUGCAGAGGACGCAGUCAUCUAUAAGAAUGGUAAACCUUUCAGUAUGUAGCCUAAAUAGUUAUAUUUGUUUGUUUGUCCCUAACCCUAACCUAGAAUAGGCAUCGGUCUGAAGCCUAAAAAGAAAUUCAGAUGAGCAUCACAAUGCCUAUUCCACCCAUGCUCUACCAAGGUUUUCCGGCACACAUCUUUGACCUAGUACAAUAGAAAAGGUUCCUGGAGUAUCCUUUAGGGGUUCUUCAAAUUGAAACUGUGGGGGAACCCCUAUAAGUUCUUCCAUUUUUGAACUAUCCCCCCUGCCUUAUUAUUAUUAUUAAUAAUACGGCUGUAUUAAUAAUAAUAAUAUGCAUAACAAUAACACAACCUUACAACCUUACCUUAAAUUGAGGAGAUCUUCAAAUUUUUUCAGUUAAGUGUCUGCACCUGCUGUCCUUUCAUAUUCAAAUCCAAAUGUUUCAGUUGGGCAGUUAGGUUCCUGCAAGAACCCCCACCAACUCGGGAGGUUCCUCGAUGAACCUUUUGGGGGUAAUUUUCAGUGCCAAGAACCCUGAGGUUCUUCGACGAACUUUGAAGAUCUUAGAAAAACCCUUGUUGAACCGCUCAUUUUUUAGAGUGUAGUAUUGGUAUUGUACCUCAAAACGAUGUGUAGGUUUAGGAUUCAAACCUUCUCAAACAGCCUAAUUCAUACUCUUAGAGGAGGUCCUUCCACAAUAAUGUGGUUUGUACCGCAUACAAGGUAAAGUAUUGGAUUCUUCACACACCACAGUAAGACAUUAUUCCAUUACGCUACCUUUUCAUGCUUUUUUUAAUUAAAUGAAAGAAAGCUUUGCUUUUAUACCUACAAGACCAUCAGGCUUGAUUGAGCUGUUUUAUCUUGUAGUAAUGUGGUGCAUGCAUGUAUUUCCUUAAACCUUUAUUUUUGUCAUUAACUUUUUAAAAGUCUUAAUAACAUCCUUUUUUUUUGGUCAGUAGGUGCCCAACAUAACAACAGGUGGUGUGUUGGACACAGUAGCUCAGAUAGAUAGAGCCUGUCUGCAUGACUGAUUUCUUUAACCGUUAGGCUUACCUGUGUAAUAUUGAAUUAAGAUCAGAACCACUUGCGUUUCAAACACGGUCCUGUUUUAUCAGUUGCUGUGCUGAUCAAUGGACAGGUCAUUAUCUCUGUCAAAAUAAUAUGUAGCUUAAAGAUAUGUUUGUACUUGCAUUUAUUUUUUGCAAUAAAGAUGGCGGCAACAACAAUGAUACACAGUAACAAUAGGACUAAAUCUAAAAAUACAAUAUGUAUAUAUACCGGUAUACAUCAUUUUAAUAGCAGGACACUGUAAAGUCCAUUAUCUCUCUGAAGAGUAAGAAUUAGGCUGUUUGCGGAAAACCUUGGUAGAGCAUGGGUGGAAUGCAAAUGAACAUGAGCACCAUGAGCACCGUGAGCACUGUGAGCACCGUGGCAGUUUCCCAAAGUUUGGUGGUUUUAAACUUAAUGUAACUAACGUUAACUAGCUAUGUUUUUUUGUAAGAAAGUAUGAUAUAUUGUGGUGCGUGAACUGGCCAUACACGGUAGCUAGAGUUAGUCUUACGUUGGCUAGGUAACGUUAGCUACCUAGCUAACGAAAAUAUCUGCUUGCGUUUAUUGAUUAACCUGAUGUUGAAGACCAGCAUGUAGCUAGCGUGGAACCCCGUAUUAUCGGCAUAUUCAACAGCGUUUAAAAAAUACAUUACCUUCAACAGUGUUAUCUUGUGAUCAAGCCAUCAAUGUCAUGUGAUUAUUGGUGUCGUAAAAAUGUUAGCUGACGGGUUAGCAAUUAGCAAGUUUGCUAGCUAGAAGGGUGUCGUUAGUCGCAAAACUUACCGUUAUUUUCCAGUCCAUUUAAAUGCUGAGCUCGAGGUGAUUUAGUCCUCCAACCGCUAGAGAGUGUCCGAAGUUAGGGGGUGUCCGAAGUUAGGGGGUGUCCGAAGUUAGGGGUGUCCGAUGUUGGGGGGAAAAAAUUAGCUAACGUUAGCUACCUAGCUAAUGAAAAUAUCUGCUUGCGUUUAUUGAUUAACCUGAUGUUGAAGACCAGCAUGUAGCUAGAUAUCUACAGUAGCCUGGGUUUGUUCCAUACACUCCUUAUGACUGGCAGCCUGGUGCAAGCUGCUGAGCAACCAACCCGGCGGUACAACUCUUGAGAGUCGGUUGAAAAGAUGCUAGUAUUGUCAGAAAUGCUUCAAAAAGGGUAACACAUCGUUGUCUCUUAACGGACAAAAAAAAAUGAGCAUGUGAGGGCGAUAAAUUAUAAAUGUAAUCAAAACCGUUGCCCCUACAAACGUAUUCAGUCCGAAAGGUGGCAAGUCUAAUGGUCACUUUUAUGAGACUCUAGUCUCGUUUUUAUCCAACGUCUAGAUAUUGAGCUCGUUCUGGGCAAAACAUUGUAGGACGAACCUAAUGCUAACGGCCCUGUUAAAAAUUCGGUAUGUGUUUCUCGGUAACGGACGGACGGCUCAUGACGAGAGGCGGGGAGUGGGUUGUGUACCUCCAAUCAAGUUGAUUUGUGAUGAUUUGUGAAUUGUCAUUGAGAUUGGUGUCAUAUUGGCUUAGAUGUGAUGCUAGAUUUGAAUUUAACACUGAACUUCAACCAAUGCUUACAAUCAAAACAUUCCUACUCCAUUCCUUUACUUAGAUUUGUGUGUAUCAGGUUUUUGUUGUGUAUCUGUUAGAUAUUACUUGCUAGAUAUUGCUGCACCGUCGGAACUAGAAGCACAAGCAUUUCGCCACACUCGCAAUAACAUCCGCAAACCAUGUGUAUGUGACCAGUACAUUUGAUUCGGAUUUGAUUUAUAAUAGAUGCGAUCAGGGUCGCGUCUACAAUCACUAAAUCAGCACUCCUACUCACAGUAUGUAAGCCUUAAUAUUUAUAUUUGUUUGUUUGUCCCUAACCCUAUCACUAAAUCAGCACUCCUACACUGAGAGGCUCGAUACUCACAGCCCACGGGUCAACGAUAUUCAACACCCUCAUGUUAACACUGAUCGUCGGACUCCUCCUCAGUAAAACGUAUUGUCUCUUCCAGGCUCCUUCAUCCACUCAGUGCCUAAGAAUGAGAUCCCAGACAUCCUGGUGUACCCCGUCCAUGGAGUGAAGUCUUCAGACGCAGGACUCUACACAGCCAGGUCCAUCGCUGGAGCCAAGUCCACAUCAGCCAUCACCAGGCUCAUUGUCAGAAGUUAGUACCACACAAUACUACCCAAUACUACUGUAGUACUACCCAAUACUAAUGUAGUACUACCCAAUAUUACUGUAGUACUACCCAAUACUACUGUAGUACUACCCAAUAUUACUGUAGUACUACCCAAUACUACUGUAGUACUACCCAAUAUUACUGUAGUACUACCCAAUACUACUGUAGUACUACCCAAUAUUACUGUAGUACUACCCAAUACUACUGUAGUACUACCCAAUACUACUGUAAGUUCUACUUCUACAUAAUACUAUUGUAGUACUAACCAAUGUUGCUUAUUCUACCGAAACAACCUGUUUUUGCUUUGUCAGUUUUGUGUGAAAACUUCCAUCUGUUAACUACAUUGGAAAUUCAAUUGACCAUUUUAGAACUGACUCAACCCAAGUAAAGUGUAUCCGUUGCAGACCCCAAACAUUUUCCCCCUUAGCCUGGAGAAUUGCUUUCUAACGAGUGUUUUAUGUUUGAAUCCUAGAAUGCAAGCCUGGCCUGUGGGGUCCUAGCUGUGAAAAUAGCUGUCCUCUGUGCUCUAACGGAGGGGUCUGUCACGACGAGACAGGAGAGUGCAUUGUCCACCCGCUUCAAGGGACACACCUGUGAACGGUAAAAACAGCACAUCCUCUGUAGCUGUGCUAGCGUACCUUUAAACCCCGUAGCUUGGGUAUUUAUCCAUUCGGGGGUGCUAGGGACUUUAAACCCAUCCUCUGUAGCUGUGCUAGCCGUACCUUUAACCACUCCUCUGUACUGUGCUAGCCGUACCUUUACCACUCCUGUAGCUGUGCUACCGUACCUUAAACAUCCUCGUAAGCUGUGCUAGCCUACCUUAACCACAUCCUCUGUAGCUGUGCUAGCCUACUUUAACCACAUACCUCUGUACUGUGUCCUAGCCGACCUUUAACCACUCCUCUGUAGCUGUGCUAGCCGUACAUUUAACCACAUCCUCUGUAGCUGUGUAGCUUACUUAAACCACAUCCUUUGCUGUGCUAGCCGUACCUUUAACCACAUCCUCUGUAGCUGUGCUAGCCGUACCUUUAACCACAUCCUCUGUAGCUGUGCUAGCCGUACCUUUAACCACAUCCUCUGUAGCUGUGCUAGCCGUACCUUUAACCACAUCCUCUGUAGCUGUGCUAGCCGGUACCUUUCAACACAGCCUCCUUUGUAGCUGUGCUAGCCGCCGUACCUUUAACCACAUCCUCUGUAGCUGUGCUCGCCCUGUACCUUUAACCACAUCCUCUGUAGCCUGUUGCUAGCCUGUACCUUUAGAACCACAUCCUCUGUAGCUGAUGAUAGCCGUACUUUAACCACAUUCCUCUUUAGCUGUGCUAGCCGUUACCUUUAACCACAUCCUCUGUAGCUGUGCUAAGCUCGUACCUUUAAACACAUCCUCUGUAGCUGUUGCUAGCCGUCCCUUUAACCAACAUCCUCUGUAGCUGUGCUAGCUGUACCUUUAACCACAUCCUCUGUAGCUGUGCUAGCUGUACCUUUAACCACAUCCUCUGUAGCUGUGCUAGCCGUACAUUUAACUGUACUGGGGAGUUAUGCAUGCGUGUGACUAUGUAUUCCCAGUUGGUAAAACGCGCAUCAUUUAAUGGUAUUUAUUACAUUUGUUUGACAGGGACAAUGCAUGCACAUUAUUCAAUCACAGUACGAUCUCCAAUCUGUGAAUGUACAGGGCCUUCAGAAAGUAUUCGAACCCCUUAACUCUUUCCACAUUUUCUUGUGUUGCAAAGUGGGAUUAAAAUGUAUUUAAUUGUCAUUGUUAGUCAACGAUCUAUACAACACACUCUAAUGUCAAAGUGGAAGAAAAAUUUUAACAUUCAGAAAUAAUAAAUGAAAAAUAAAACACUAAUAUAUCUUGAUUAGAUAAGUAUUCACCCCCCUGAGACAAGACAUGUUAGAAACACCUUUGGCAGUGUUUACAGCUGUGAGUCUUUCUGGGUAAAUCUCCUAAGAGCUUUGCACACCUGGAUUGUACAAUAUUUGCCCAUAAUUCUUUUUUGAAUUCUUCAAGCUCUGUCAAGUUGGUUGUUGAUCAUUACUAAAGCCAUUUUCAAGUCUUGCCAUAGAUUUUCAAGUCGAUUAUAAGUGGCUGUAACUAACAAAACUGUAACUAGGCCACUCAGGAACAUUCAAUGUUGUCUUGGUAAGCAACUCCAGUGUAGAUUUGGCCUUGUGUUUUAGGCUAUUGUCCUGCAUACCCAUAACAUGAUGCAGCCACCACCAUGCUUGACAAUAUGAAGAGUGCUACUCAGUGAUGUGUUACAUUGGAUUUUCCCCAAAUUAAACACUUUGCAAUUUUUUAGCAGUAUUACUUAAGUGCCUUGUUGCAAACAGGAUGCAUGUUUUGGAAUAUAUUUUUAUUCUGUACAGGCUUCCUUUUCACUCUGUCAAUUAGGUUAGUAUUGUGGAGUAACUACAAUGUUGUUGAUCCAUCCUCAGUUUUGUCCUAUCACAGGCAUUAAACUCUGUAACUGUUUCAAAUGCACUAUUGGCCUCAUGGUGAAAUCCCUGAGCAGUUUCCUUCCUCUCCGGCAACUGAGUUGGGUAGGACACCUACAUCUUUGUAGUGACUGGGUGUAUUGAUACACCAUCCAAAGUGUAAUUAAUAACUUCACCAUGAUCAAAGGGAUAUUCAAUGUCUGCUUUUUUAUUUUUACCCAUCUACCAAUCGGUGCCCUUCUUUGCGAGGCAUUGAAAAACCUCCCUGGUCUUUGUGUUUGAAUCUGUGCUUGAAAUUCGCUACUCGAUUGAGGGACCUUACAGAUAAUUGUAUGUGCGGGGUACGGAUAUGAGGUAGUCAUUCAUAAAUCAUGUUAUUGCACACAGAGUGAGUCCAUGCAACUUAUUAUGUGAUUUGUUAAGCGCAUUUUUAAAUCCUGAACUUAUUUAGGCUUGUCAUAACAAAGGGGUUGAAUACUUAUUGAUUCAAGACAUUUCAGCUUUUAGUUGUUUAUUAAUUAAAAAAUAUAUAUACAAACAAAAUUCGACUUUGACAUUAUGGGGUGUUGUGUGUAGAUCAGUGAUACAAAAUCUCAGUUUAAUCCAUUUUGAAUUCAGGCUGUAACACAACAAAAUGUGGAACAAGUCAAGUGGUGUAAAUACUUUCUGAAGGCACAAUAUACGUGUGUGAUUGUUGGGGUUGUGUGGGGGUUAAAUGUAUACAUAUCCUAUUUAUCUUAUACCUGUUAUUUAUCAUUACAGGCAUUCAUUUCAAUGUUAUAAUUGAUUCAUUGAUUGAAAACUUUAUUGUCCCGAAGGGGAAUGUGGUUUACUGUCUAGUAAAUGUGUCCUGGCUGAUUACGUGUGAUGUGAUUUAGUGCUAUGUUCUCUUAUCUCACUCUUUGGAAUGUUUUCAAAUCACCAUCGGAAUGUUGGUAGGAACUUUCGAAUGCUGGAAUGCCAUUCGUUUUUUCAGUGUGUGGUGUGGUCAGGGCAGUAGGUGGUAACCAAUAGCUGUCAAGCUAAGCAAAUGACCCUCUAUAAUCACUAAAGACAUUUAGUAUGUGUAUUUAGUGAUUUUAGUGUCUUAAUGAUGAUGCACGGUCCAUAUAUUUAGGAUGAUCUCUUUUUUAAGUGUUUGUUAACAUAUUGAAUGACAUUACAUUUUAUAUACACUACCGGUCAAAAGUUUUAGAACACCUACUCAUUCAAGGUUUUUUCUUUAUUUUUACUAUUUUUUACAUUGUAGAAUAAUAGUGAAGACAUAACAACUAUGAAAUAACACAUAUGGAAUAAUGUAGUAACCAAAAAAGUGUUAAACAAAUCAAAAUAUAUUUUAUAUUUGAGAUUCUUCAAGUAGCCACCCUUUGCCUUGAUGACAGCUUUGCACACUCUUGGCAUUCUCUCAACCAGCUUCACCUGGAAUGCUUUUCCAACAGUCUUGAAGGAGUUCCCACAUAUGCUGAGCACUUGUUGGCUGCUUUUCCUUCACUCUGCCGUCCGACUCAUUUACAUUUACGUCAUUUAACAGACGCUCUUAUCCAGAGCGACUUACAAAUUGGUGCAUUCACCUUAUAGCCAGUGGGAUAACCACUUUACAAGAUGUAUUUUUUUUUUCUUUCUUUGGGGUGGGGUAAGGGGGGGUAGAAGGAUUACUUUAUCCUAUCCCAGGUAUUCCUUAAAGAGGUGGGGUUUCAAGUGUCUCCGGAAGGUGGUGAGUGACUCAUCCCAAACCAUCUCAAUUUGGUUGAGGUCGUAUCGCUGCAGAAUAGUGUGGUAGCCAUGCUGGAUAAGUGCCUUGAAUUCUAAAUAAAUCACAGACAGUGUCACCAGAAAAGCACCUCCACACCAUAACACCACCUCCUCCAUGCUUUACGGUGGAGAUCAUGCGUUCACCCACACCGCGUCUCACAAAGACACGGCGGUUGGAACCAAAAAUCUCUCAUUUGGACUCAUCAGACCAAAGGACAGAUUUCCACCGGUCUAAUGUCUAUUGCUCGUGUUUCUUUGCCCAAGCAGGUCUCUUCUUAUUAUUGGUAUCCUCUAGUAGUGGUUUCUUUGCAGCAAUUCGACCAUGAAGGACUGAUUCACACAGUCCCCUCUGAACAGUUCAUGUUGAGAUGUGUCUCUGACUUGAACUUUCUUUGGGCUGCAAUUUCUGAGGCUGGUAACUCUAAUGAACUUGAGCAGAGGUAACUCUGGGUCUUCCAUUCCUGUGGCGGUCCUCAUGAGAGCCAGUUUCAUGAUAGUGCUUGAUGGUUUUUGCGACUGCACUUAAAGAAACUUUCAAAGUUCUUGAAAUGUUCUGUAUUGACUGACCUUCAUGUCUUAAAGUAAUGGACUGCCGUUUCUCUUUGCUUAUUUGAGCUGUUCUUGCCAUAAUAUGGACUUGGUCUUUUACCAAAAAGGGCUAUCUUCUGUAUACCCCCCUACCUUGUCACAACACAACUGAUUGGCUCAAACGCAUUAAGGAAAGAAAUUCCACAAAAUAACUUUUGAGAAGGCACACCUGUUAAUUGAAAUGCAUUCCAGGUGACUACCUCAUGAAGCUGGUUGAGAGAAUGCCAAGAGUGUGCAAAGCUGUCAUCAAGGCAAAGGGUGGCUGGGACCAGGCAUAGGGUGAACGCACCAAUUUGUGAGUCGCUCUGGCUAAGAGCGUCUGCUAAAUGACGUUAAUGUGCCCUUGAGCAAGGCACUUAACCCUAAUUGCUCCUGUAAGUCGCUCUGGAUAAGAGCGUCUGCUAAAUGACUAAAAUGUAAAUGUAAAAUGUAUUUGAAGAAUCUCAAAUAUGAAAUAUAUUUUGAUUUAACACUUUUUUGGUUACUUCAUGAUUCCAUAUGUGUUAUUUCAUAGUUUUGAUGUCUUCACUAUUAUUCUACAAUGUAGAAAAUAGUAAAAAAUAAAUAAAUAAAAACCCUUGAAUGAGUAGGUGUGUCCAAACUUUUGACCGGUAGUGUAUAUUUCUGCAUAUGUACCAAGAUGUCCAAAUAAACCUAAACCUAAUCAAACCGUAAUUUAUUUUCCAGUUUGUGGCGAGGGUAAGUUUGGGAGGACGUGUAAGGAGUGGUGUAGAGACGGAUACUGCAGGUCCAUGGUGUUCUGUCAGAGAGAUCCAUACGGCUGCUCCUGUGGUACCGGCUGGAAAGGAUUCAACUGCAGUGAAGGUGAAGGGAGAGGACUUGUUUCUACACUGAUAUACAUUGAUAUGUUUAUGGAUAGCAAUGAAAAUGGACAAUGAAAUUGUGAUCUGGUGGUCCCAGAUCUGUUUAUGCUACCAUUCCCAUUAUGCUCCUGUGGUUGUCAUUAUCAUCAAUGACUGGAAGAGAUCUGGGAUCAGGCUACCAUAAAGUAAGAGUUGGCAAGACAGCACAAUCAAAUCUGGGACCAGUCUACCAUAAAGUAAGAGUUGGCAAGACGGCACAAUCAGAUCUGGGACCAGUCUACCAUAAAGUAUGUUAUCCUAUCUGAUUGGGGGUUAUAAUGAUCGAUCACCAUUCUCAUUGCUAAACUACAGUGGUUUGCUGUUCAUAGAUGGUGCUGUCAUGUAUUUCUGGGUUUCUCCCUGUGUCUCCAGCUUGUUCUCCGGGGUUCUAUGGAGCCGGCUGCAAGCUGACGUGUGAAUGUGGAGACAAGGGAAAGUGCGACCGGUUCCGUGGCUGUGUGUGUGUGGGACGACACGGCGCUCGCUGUGAGAAAGAAGGUAAAAACUCGAAACGUAGUUUUAAACUUCAGCUCCACAAACUCUCCCACUAUCAUAUGAAAGCUACGUUGAUGUUGUUACUGUUCCUUGAAUUGAGGAAUUCAGUACGUUGUUGUUGUUGUUGAUGAUGAUGAUGAUGUUGCUUUUAGACAGGGCACCUGUCGUAGUCAGUAACCUCGUGGAUGCAGAGUUGAACGCUGGGAUUCAGUACGUUGUCAACUGUAGCGCCACGGGUCAACCAGCUCCUCUACACAGGGAGAUCAUCCUACUCAAACCAGACAAAACCAGAAUAUAUGUAAGUGUUAAUCUGGUCCCACAUCUGUUUGUGCUGUCUUGCCAACUCCUGGUCACAGACACACCGGUGUCAAGACAGCACAAAUGGAUUUGGGACCAAGCUAUGUAAGUAGCACAGAAAUGAUCAAAUUGGAUAUGUAUGUGUUUCUUUAUGUAGAUAAAAGUUGAUUUGAUAAUAAAUAAAUACAAUUUGCAUUAGCAAUGAUCAGCAAUCACCACGAUUAGCAAUCAACCCAUUAGCCAUUUCUUCUUAUCAAAUGCUUAAUUCACAGCACUAAUAUGAGAUUCUAUUUAUAUGGUUUGAUGAAUAUUUUCCUAGGCAUUUGACACUGAUAUGGUGAAUGACCAAACCACGUCUAAGUUCAGGGUGGAUAAGAUCACUGAGCGAGAUACUGGUCGUUGGAUCUGUCAGGUGAAAACUACAGCUGGGCAGGCAGAGAGAGAGUUCAUGGUCAACGUUAAAGGUAGGAGAAAACCUUCUUCAUCUCCUUCAUCUCCUUCAUCUUCAUCGUCUUCUUCCAUUUUGUGAAUGUCGAUUUGAACACUUCUCUUCCCAUCUCUCUCUCUCUCUCUCUCUCUCUCUCUCUCUCUCUCUCUCUCUCUCUCUCUGUCUAUGUCUCUCUCUGUCUCUCUCUCUCUCUCUCUCUCUCUCUCUCUCUCUCGCUCUCUCAGUCCCUCCGAAGCCCCAGUAUCCUCCCAUGUUGAACGGUAGUGGUCCGUAUCACCUGGUUGUGUUGGUCAACAAGGAGCCGUACACAGGAGACGGACCGGUGACCUCUGUCAAGGUCAUCUACAAGCAGGUCAAUACCUCUGUAUGGAAGACUGUUGAAGGUACUGUACACCCACAGACAUGAACUCUGACCUGUACUGUACCAGGGGUUCCCAAACUUUUUUACUCGGGGGGCCCCCCUUCCAGCAUUGGGGAACAUCCCGUGCCCCUCCUGCGCGCCACGUCUAUUUGUAUGGGCACAAGCACUGUUCAUAACAAACUGUUCACACACCUCUUGUUUGUGGAGAGAAUGUUGCAGGUUUACAGCUUAGUUCCUGCAGUUCUCUACAUUUUGUCAUGUGGUGCGAAUAAAAUGUUUCAGUUUUAAAGCUAAUUUUCUUGCAAUUCUAUGCAUUUUGCCAUGUCUAAUGUGUAUUCAUGUGAUAUUUGAGUGACUAAAAAAUUAAAACUAGAUCUAUGGGCAAAAAAAAACUAAAUCAAAAAAUGUUAGCUGACAUGUGCUAGUUGAUCUGCACAUUUCUGACAAGUUAUAAACAGCUUUCUAAAGGUAUACAAUGACUGACACGACAAGAGGAACUGAUGAUGCACGACCCAAUUUCGAAAUUGAACCUUGUGCAUUCUAAAGUUACAACUUCAAGAGUAAGUUGAAAGCCGGAAUGAAUUCCUUAAAAAAAUUAAUAAAACGUUUGGGAACUGCUAUACACCACAGACAGGAACUCUUUAUUGAUGAACAGUACUCCCAUGGCUCCAUUCCUCAGAGUAGGAGAUCAAAUACAUGAACAGGCCUUUAUAAUGAAUAGGAUCGUAUGGACAGAGGGGGGGGGGGGGGGGGGUCUCGGUGGUCCUAAAAAAAAGUAUGUACAAUGAUUUGCUAAAUGUUACCCAUGAAGUGUGACAGAGAUAUCACAUUCCUGUGAGCUUCACUAAAUGUUUCCUGGCACUUAAUCCCACUUGUUAUCAUGACUGUACUGAACAAUUAGAACGAUAUCAUCUCCCAGAGGUGUGUUAUUGUGUGUUGGAAACUACCAUCAUUGGUUCCAGAAUGUCCCCUUCCACGAAUGUGUUCUUCCAAGCAUUACUUUCUUUAUGUGCAUGUAGAAACUAUUGGCAACAUCAUCAUAUGGAGUCAUUGAUGGAUCUAAGUGAUGACUCUCUCUCUCCCUUCUCUUCUUCUCUGAUACCUCUCCGAACUCUCCUUCCUCCCAUCCUCCUGCUCAUCUCGAUCCGCCUCAUACUCUCCUCUCCCCCGCUCUCUCGUCUCGUCGUCCCCUCUCAUCUCUCUGCAUCGUCUCGCCUCUCUCUCUCAGUCUCUCUCUCUACUCUCAUCUCCUCUCUCUCGUUUCUACCUCCUCCCAGAAGGGAAAAGAAGAGCGGAUAUCUCUCGGAUUCCUUCUCCCCUCCGUUCUGGUCUCCUCUCUCUCGUCUCUCUCGUCUCUCUCUCUCCCUCCCUCUCUCUCUCAGUGGGUUGGUCCGGUGGUGAAGCUAGAGAACCUGUCUCCGAUGACCCACUACACCACCUUCAUCCAGCUGAGUCGCCAUGGCGCCGGGGGGGUAGGGUUUCCAGGUCCAGAGGCCAGCUUCUCCACACAGAUGCUUGGUGAGAACCAUAGAACCAUACGAUCCAUAGAAUUAGAAUGGCUUUGUAAGAACCACAGAAUUAUAAUUAACCAACAUUCUAGUUCUGUGGUAAGAACCACCCCAGUAACCUUAUUCAGAUGCAUUCUCUUUAACCUUAACCUCAGGUCCUAUACGCUACAUGACCAAAAAUAUGUGGACACCUGCUUGUCGAACAUCUCAUUCCAAAAUCAUGGUCAUUAAUAUGGAGUUGGUCCCCUCUUUGUUGCUAAAACAGCCUCCACUCUUCUGGGAAGGCUUUCCACUAGAUGUUUGAACAUUGCUACAGGGACUUGCUUCCAUUCAGCCACAAGAGCAUUAGUGAUGUUGGGUGAUUAGGCCUGGCUCGCAGUCGGCGAUCCAAUUCAUCCCAAAGGUGUUCGAUGGGGUUGAGGUCAGUGCUCUGUGCAGGCCUGUCAAGUUCUUCCACACCAACUCGACAAACCAUUUCUGUAUGGACCUCGCUUUGUGCACGGAGGCAUUGUCAUGCACACUCUUCCCCAAACUGUUGCCACAAAGUUGGAAGUACAGAAUUGUCUAGAAUGUCAUUUGUAUGCUGUAGCGUUAAGAUUUCCCUUCACUGGAACUAAGGGGCCUAGCCCGAACCAUGAAAAACAGCCCCAGACCAUUAUUCCUCCUCCACCAAACUUUACAGUUGGCACUAUGCAUUGGGGCAGGUAGCGUUCUCAUGGCAUCCGCCAAACCCAGAUUAGUCCGUUGGACUGCCAGAUGGUGAAGCGUGAUUCAUCACUCCAGAGAACGCGUUUCCACUGCUCCAGAGUCCAAUGGCGGCGAGCUUUACACCACUCCAGCCGACGCUUGGCAUUGCGCACGGUGAUCUUAGACUUGUGUGCGGCUGCUCGGCCAUGUUAUUCUGUCUCUCACUGUUCAAAUAAAUCCAACCAUUUAAAUUAUAGACUGAUCAGUUCUUUGUCAGUGGGCAAACAGUACAAAAUCAGCAGGGGAUCAAAUACUUUCUUCCCUCACUGUAUCUCUAUGGACACAAUAAAUGUUAUUCUGAUCUUGACAUUACAAAUGAGACAUGGAGGCCUUACAGGAACCUGAUUUACCACUAACCUCUGAGUUACACAGCAUUUCACUACUAAAUCAACUGACCAAUGGCGGGAUCCCAGUCUCCCAAUGACCUCUAACCCUGAGACAUGGCUGUAGACUCCUGUGAGUGUUAGACAGCCAUGCAUCAGGGGUUAAUUGACCUUCACGACUCCCUUCCCCCCUCCAGACCUCCCGCUCCCCUCGGGGGUUAGGCUGGUCCCCAUAUCCCAGACCUCCCUGGGCCUGUCCUGGGACCGUGUGAUGGGGCCUGGGUCGGCUACGGAGGACUGGACCUACCAGGUAAGCGUGGCUCCAUCGGUAAUAGUGCUAGCAAUGCCAGGGUUAAAGGGUUCAAUUCCCACUUGGGGGCACAUACAUUAAAAUGCAUGCACUCACUGUAAGUUGCGUUUGGUUAACAGCAACAGUAUCUGCUACAGUAUUUAAAUGAUGUGUACAUUAUUCAUCUAUUGACUAUGUCAGCACCACUUCACCAGGUCAAAUUCCUGGUACGAAUAAAAGUGAUUCUGAUUGAUAAUAAUAUGCCAUUUAGCAGACACUUUUAUCCAAAGCGACUUACAGUCAUGUGCGCAUACAUUUUUACAUAUGGGUGGUCCCGGGGAUCGAACCCACUACCCUGGCGUUAUAAGCGCCGUGCUCUACCAGCUGAGCUACAGAGGACCGCGUGAUGUUAUUCUAUUAUCAGGUGGAGUGUGUUCAGAGUUCUGACCCGGGGACCAUUAAGCCUUACCGGCUCCCAUCCAACUCCACUGGCCUCAAACUUCUAGACUUGAAGCCCAGACACAAGUAUGAGUGCAGCGUGAUGAUGAUGACGGUGUCGGUGGGACAGCACAGCCAACCCGUCUCUGCAUGGACACUUAGCAACGGUAAUGACUGCCAAAACACACUUUUAUCAGAUUGAAUAACUUAACAACUCAACGACCAGUGGAAGAUGAUCCGCCAAAAAUGAAAAGGAGCACUAGAAAAUUGUGAAUCUUUAUUGCUUGACUGCGUUGAUUUAGUUUGCUUGCCUUUUAGAAAAGAGUAGGGUGUUGUUUUCUCCAGCUUGCCACAGGGCUGCUGCUAUGGCGCUACAGACGUCUUCUACACAAAUCCUACUGUGCGUAUACGGCUAGAACAUCUUUUCAUUUCUUCAACUUCCCUUCAAAGUGAACUACUCUUAACACCUAUCCCAUGUUCUGUCAGAGUUGCCCCCGGCCCCGUCCAACAUCAGGAGCUGCAACAUCACAGACACCUCAGCUAUCAUUACCUGGUCUCUGGCCGAGGGUCACUCCAUCUCCAAGGUCAUUCAUUGAUUGAUUAUUUGAAUAUAUUUGCUAAUUAAAAUACGUAUAAAGCCGCUCCAGCCAGAGACACAACAUAGCACACUUUCUUAACAAUUUACAAGGAUUUAGCACAAUAAGAAACCUGCAGCCUUAUUUCCAAUGUGCUCCUUAGGUGAUGCUGCGUUUCCAAGACAACACCCUGGCCGACUACAGCCAGCUGGCAGAGAUCAACGUUCCUCAGCAGGUGGAGGAGGGGCUACAGGGACAGUUAGCCAAUCAGAUGCAGUUCCAGUUGCGUGGUCUGAAACCUGACACUCCGUACCUGGUGGAGUUCUGGUCCAAGAACAACAUGGGGGAGAGUCUAGAGAAACCUCAGAUCCCCCUUCGGACCAUGACACUGCAGGAGAGCUCUCGUAAGUUAGUUACCCACAAUACAUCACAGGAAAUAUCCCGUAAGUUAGUUACCCACAAUACAUCACAGGAAAUAUCCCGUAAGUUAGUUACCCACAAUACAUCACAGGAAAUAUCCAGUAAGUUUGUUACCCACAAUACAUCUCACAAGUAAAUUAGUUACCCAAAAUACAUCACACCAGUAGGUUAGUUACCCACAAUACAUCACACCAGUAGGUUAGUUACCCCAAAAUACAUCACACCAAUAAAUUAGUUACCCACAGUACAUCACCCCAGUAAGUUAGUUACCCACAGUACAUCACACCAGUAAGUUAGUUACCCACAAUACAUCACACAAAACCUCAUAUCCCCAUCUGUACCAUGACACCACAGGAGUCUCCCAUAAGUUAGUAUCACAUUACCUCACGACGACCAUGACCCAAACCCUCACUCUAUCCCCCCAUGACCCAAACCCUCACUCUAUCCCCCCAUGAUCCAAACCCUCACUCUAUCCCCCCAUGAUCCAAACCCUCACUCUAUCCCCCAUGAUCCAAACCCUCACUCUAUCCCCCCAUGAUCCAAACCCUCACUCUAUCCCCCCAUGAUCCAAACCCUCACUCCAACCCCCCAUGACCCAAACCCUCACUCUAUCCCCCCAUGACCCAAACCCUCCCUCCACCAUCCACCCCCUGCUUAGUUCAGAUUAGCCCCCAACAACCCCCCACUUAAUGCUAUAAAUCAAGUAGCUGGCAAAAGUGAGGUUUGGUUCUGGGUUUCAGGAUUACAACCCACUCAAUGUGACACAACUACCGGGGACUAAGAUUACAACCCACUCAAUGUGACACAACUACCGGGGACUAAGAUUACAACCCACUCAAUGUGACACAACUACCGGGGACUAAGUAGUAACGUUUCCAUGACUGUAGCCACUGAUGAAUGCUCCCGCAGUUUAUUAUGCAACGUUUUCGACCCAAAGGUCUUCAUCAGGCUUAACCCACAGGAAGCGUUAAAGCCAAGUUAUUGGAUGUGGCCGAACCUAAAGAGGGGCGAAAAAUGAGGAUCCUAUCUCAUCCAGAAAACGCGAAAAGAACAAAAAAAACGCACAAGGACGAAGAAAGAAGAACAAGAAAUCCCAAAAGAACCUCGCAACACCAGACCCCAAGACAAAGAAGAAACCCCUCCUCAACCAAAUCACAGCAACUCCAACGCACGCAAAGAACGAAGAAAUCGAAGAACUCCUCCCCUCCUCCCCCCCUCCUCCCCCUCCCUCCUCCUCCCCCUCCUCCCCUCCUCCCCUCCUCCCCUCUCCCUCCCCUCCCCCUCCUCCCUCCCCUCCCCCAGGUCUAGCUGGGCUUGGCAGCGAGGGCAACAUGUUGUUCUAUGCCAUCCUGGGUUCUGCUGGGAUGACCUUGCCAGCACCAUCCGACCUGGCCUUCUGCAUCGUCCUACAGCUGAAGAGAGCCACCUUCCAGAGACGCAUGGUCCAGGCCUUCCAGAACAUAGUGGUGAGUUCUGGGUCCAGCCCGGGCAAACCGAAAUUGGUUCUGUGAAAGUUCCCAGAACAUUCAUCAGGUCGCGGUAAAUGUUCUCAUGUCCAGUCGUGCUGAUGAUAAUAGAAUGCUUGUAUGAAACGUUUGCCUGGUGUUGCAAGAAUGUUCCUGGAACACAUUUAAUCUGUUCUUAGAAUGUUUCAUUAGGUUGUGGGAACAUAUGACAAGAGAUAGGUUCCUAAAAAACAAUAAAACUGUCCAGUUGUGCUGACAUUUAGAUAAUGUUUUAUCAGGUUGCACAAAACAUUCCUUUGAUGUUGCAAGAAUGUUGACAGAACAGCCUUUCUGAGUGCUUUAAAGGUUCCCAGAACAUGUAAUUAGGUUGUGGGAACAGUAUGGUUACAUUACAAGAGAGAGGUUCCCAAAACACAAAUGAUGCUCAGUUGUAAUGACCUUCAUGCAAUGUUUAAGUUAGGUUGCACAGGACAUUCCUAUAAUGUUGAAAGAAUGUUGAACACCUGGUCUAAGUUCUUUAAAGGUUCCGAGAACAUUUAAUUAAGUUAUGGGAGUUGUCUGGAAUGUUGCAAUAAUAUUAUUGUGAUAUUCACAUAGGUUGCACAUAACAUUCCCACAAUGUUCUACAAUUUCCAAAUAAGUCAGCUGUUAUGACGUUCAUAGCAUAUUUGUUUUAGCGUUAACAUAACAUUUCAUUCAAUGUUCACACAAUAUACAUUUAACCUUGUCUUGGAGGUCCUCAGAACAUUUCAAGAACAUUUUGAAAAUAUUUUAUUUAAGUUUUACCUAAUAUUAACACAACAUUCUCAGCAUGCACAUUUUUAGCUUCUUAAAGCAUAUUGGAAUGUGUCAUGAUUUAACUUGAUUGAAGAGCAGAGAGAGAGCUACCUAGCAGCAGUAGGCCUAACAGGAAUGCAUCUCCAGUAUGUUUAUCUCUAGACUGAAGGACUGUCUUGUAGGGGAUAUAGAGACAAUUGGCAUUUUAACCAUGUUUCUUAAAAAAUAAACAAAUACAAACAAUGGUGAAAUUGGGGCUCAGAUACACUCUACUAAAUGAGAGGAUGUCUUUAUGUCAUCCAGAUUUAUAAAUCCAGUCAGAAAUGCAGAAUUUAGACCAACUGUAAAAAAAAUUCACCGUUGUGUAAAACAUACUUUUUUUUUCUUCUAGUUUUUACACACCAGAUAUAACUCCUACUUUGAGACACUUGACAUGUGCCCCUCAGUCCUAUUUGUCAUGAGCCUAGAUGAGCACUCAGAGUCUUGGAUGACCCUUCCGGUCUUAUUUUGUUAUGAUCUGAAAAGCAAAAGUGAUCCUAGAUCAGCGCUCAUAGUCUUGGAUACCUUGUAAAUAUGGGCCCAGAAGUACGCAGCAUAUAAAGAGGAUGGGUGAAGUGAUGGUGAAUAACCCAGUUACCAGUAUUUCCCUGGGGUCAGUUAUGUCUAAGAAGGUUAAAACAGGAAGCAUGGAAUUCCUGAUUGACGGUACUGCCAUGGCAACCAUACUGCCAUGGCAACCAUACUGCCAUGGCAACCAUACUGCCAUGGCAACCAUACUGCCAUGGCUAUAUACUGAAAAAAGUAGAUGCAAGAGAGCUUCCCUGGUGGUGCAGAGGAUAGAAGACUUGGCUUAGGAACCAAACGUUGCAGGUUCAAAGCCCACAUGUGUGGAUUGUCAACAUAUAAAACAUAUGUUAGUGUUUGUAUGAUUAAAUGCUAUUCAAAUGUCCUGUGAAAUUAAAAUGCUGUGUGUAACAUCUCCUUGUAGUGGGUAUACAGUCCUCAAAUGUGAAUUGCAAUUAAAUCUGGAGAGAAAUCUAAUGGGGAUGUAUACCAAUCUGCUUAAAGGAGAUACACAUUUGCAUGCUGAAAAUGUAAUGGUGAUAUUAAUGGACCUCUUAAGACAAGGUUAAAUGUACACUGAGUGUACAAAACAUUAGGAACACCUGCUCUUUCCAUGACAUAGACUGAGCAGGUGAACGCUAUGAUCCUGUAUUGAUGUCACCUUCAAUCAGUGUAGAUGAAGGGGAGGAGACAGGUUAAAGAAGGACGUUUAAGCCUUGAGACAAUUGAGACAUGGAUUGUGUAUGUGUGCCAUCCAGAGGGGGAAUGGUCAAGACAAAAGAUUGAAGUGUCUUUGAACGGGUUAUGGAAGUAGAUGCCAGGCGCACCAGUUUGAGUGUGUCAAGAACUGUAAUGCUGCUGUGUUUUUCAAUGGUCCACCACCCAAAGGACAUCCAGCCAUCGACAGGCCAGUGGUUGAAAACGGGUCAUUGAUGCAGAGCAAUAGACGGCUACAGUUGGUCAACUGACAGUCCAGUACAAUAUUGUUGCCCAAAAACCCAUAAAAUAAUGCACAUCUCGUCGUACCUUGACGUGAACGGGGUAUGGCAGCCGACGACCUUACAGAGUUCCACUUCUUUCAGCAAAAAAACUAGAAACUAGGGUUGCAGUGGGCAAAGGAAUGAAAACACUGGAGAAUUGGAAAAACAUUGCCUGGUCUGAUGAAUCCCAGUUCCUGCUGUUUCAUGCUGAUGGGAGGACUAGGGUUUGGAGAAAACCACGAGUACAUGCAUCCGUCAUGCCGCGUGUCAAAGUUGCAGGCUGGUGGUAGGUGGUGUGGUGGUGUGGGGUGUGUUUUCAUGGCACACAUUGGGCCCCUUGAUAAAAGUGGAGCAAAGUUUGAAUGCCACAAAAUAUCUGAACAUCAUAGCCAAUCAGGUGCAUCCCUUCAUGGCAGCAGUGGAUCCAUUUGCGAUUUUGUAAAAUCAGGUGAAUGUUUUUUGCACCCUAAAAUAAACGUUGUAGAAUCAUCUGCACAACUGGACAGUUUUUGUGUUUUGGGAACAUAUCUUUUGUGAUGUCCCCACAAUGUUCCCACCGAACUGUUCCCACAACCUAAUGAAACAAUCUGGGAACAUUUAAAGAGCAGAUUAAAUGUGUUCUGGGAACGUUCUUGCAACAUCAGGCGAAUGUUUUAUACAAACAUUGUAUAAUCAUCAGCAUAACUGGACAGUUUUUGUAUUAUGAGAACAUUUGCCGCAAUCUAACUAAUGUUCUGGGAACUGCCACAGAACCAAUAUUUGGUUUGCUGGGAAACAUUACUUGAGCUAUUACAUUACCUGGAAACCUAAUGAGAACUUUUAAUGAAUGUUCUGUGGCGGCGGUUGUUACAGAUGUUGUGCACAACAUUUUAGUGAACGUUAGGAGAACAUUCCAAGGAUAUUUCAUUCAAAACUUAAAAAUAAACAAAUGUUAUCCUAAUGUUAGAUAAAAACCCUAUUUAGAACUUUAAUGGGAAUCUUAGCUAAUGUUCUGGGAAUGGUACCGGUUUGCUGAGAGGCCUCCAGAAUCUCGUGGUGACUCCAUGGUCCAGGAGCCCCAUGUAUCAACAGUGCGUAGGGCACAAAUCUGUGCGUAAACCAUGCGUGGGAUUUAUCAAUAAGAACGUUUGCUUGAGACUGUGCGUACAUUUCUGCACAGCCGUGACCAUACGUAGGCACAGUGCCAAGUGGUGGAAUAAGGGAACUGCUUGUCAAGCAUGGGGAAAAUAUACUGAACAAAAAUAUAAACGCAACAAUUUCAACGAUUUUACUGAGUUAGAGUUCAUAUAAGGAAAUCAGUCAAUUGAAAUAAAUUCAUUAGGCCCUAAUCUAUGGAUUUCACAUGACUGGGCAGGGGUGCAACCAUGGGUGGGCCUGGGAGGGCAUAGACCCACCCACUGGGGGAGCCAGGCCCAGCCAAUCAGAAUUAGCUUUUCCCCACAAAAGGGCUUUAUUACAGACAGAUAUACUCUUCAGUUUCAUCAGCUGUCCUGGUGGCUGGUCUCAGAUGAUCCCACAGGUGAAGAAGUCAGAUGUGGAGGUCCUGGGCUGGCGUGGUUACAUGUGGUCUGCGGUUGUGAGGCCGGUUGGAUGUACUGCCAAAUUCUCUAAAAUGAUGUUAGAGGCGGCUUAUGGUAGAGAAUUGAACAUUCAAUUCUCUGGCACGCUCCCUCAACUUCAGACAUCUGCGGCAUUGUGUUCUGUGAAAAAAGCUUUUAGAGUGGCCUUUUAUUGUUCCCAGCACAAGGUGCACCUGUGUAAUGAUCAUGGAGUUUAAUCAGCUUCUUGAUAUGCCACACCUGUCAGGUGGAUGGAUUAUCUUGGCAAGGAUAAAUUCUCACUAACAGGGAUGUAAACAAAUGUGUGCACAAAAUUUAAGAGAAAUACGCUUUUUUGGAAAAUUUCUGGGAUCUUUUAUUUCAGCACAGGAAGUAUGGGACUGACACUUUACGUGUUGCGUUUAGCUUUUUGUUCAGUAUGUACAGUACCAGUAGAAGGUUUGGACACACCUCCUCAUUCAAGGGUUUUUCUUUAUUUUUACUAUUUUCUACAUCGUAGAAUAAUAGUGAAGACAUCAAAACUAUGAAAUAACACAUAUGGAAUCAUGCAGUAAACAAAAAAGUGUCAAACAAAUCAAAAUAUAUUUUAUAUUCUUCAAAUAGCCACCCUUUGCCUUUAUGACAGCUUUGCACACUCUUGGCAUUCUCUCAACCAGCUUCACCUGGAAUGCUUUUCCAACAGUGUUGAAGGAGCUCCCACAUAUGCUGAGUACUUGUUUUUUUUAGUCAUUUUAGCAGACGCUCUUAUCCAGAGCAAUUUGGGUUAAGUGGGCACAGACAGAUUUUUCACCUAGUCGGCUCGGGGAUUAGAACCAGCGACCUUUCGGCUACUGGCACAACGCUCUUACCCACUAAGCUAUCUGCCGCCCCAGGCAUGUCUUCACUUGGUGGCUGCUUUUCCUUCACUCUGCGGUCCAACUCAUCCCAAACCAUCUCAAUUGGGUUGAGGUCGGGGGAUUGUGGAGGCCAGGUCAUCUGAUGCAGCACUCUAUCACUCUCCUUCUUGGUAACAUAGCCCUUACACAGCCUGGAGGUGUGUUGGGUCAUUGUCCUGUUGAAAAACAAAUGAUAGUCCCACUAAGCCCAAACCAGAUGGGAUGGCGUAUCGCUGUGGUAGCCAUGCUGGUUAAGUGUACCUUGAAUUCUAAAUAAAUCACAGACAGUGUCACCAGCAAAGCACCCCCACACCAUAACACCUCCUCCUCCAUGCUUUACGGUGGGAACUACACAUGCAGAGAUCAUCCGUUCACCCACACCGCAUCUCACAAAGAAAAGGCGGUUGGAACCAAAAAUCUCCCAUUUGGACUCCAGACCAAAGGACCGAUUUCCACCGGUCUAAUGUCCAUCACUUGUGUUUCUUGGUCCAAGCAAGUCUCUUCUUCUUAUUGGUGUCCUUUAGUAGUGGUUUCUCUGCAGCAAUUCGACCAUGAAGGCCUGAUUCACACAGUCCCCUCUGAACAGUUCAUGUUGAGAUGUGUCUCUGACUUGAACUCUGUGAAGAAUUUAUUUGGGCUGCAAUUUCUGAGGCUGGUAACUCUAAUGAACUUAUCCUCUGCAGCAGAGGUAACUCUGGGUCUUCCAUUCCUGUGGUGGUCCUCAUGAGAGCAAGUUUCAUCAUAGCACUUGAUGGUUUUUUGAGGCUGCACUUGAAGAAACUUUCACAGUUCUUGAAAUGUUCCGUAUUGACUGACCUUCAUGUCUUAAAGUAAUGAUGGACUGUUGUUUCUCUUUGCUUAUUUGAGCUUUUCUUGCCAUAAUAUGGACUUGGUCUUUUACCAAAUAGGGCUAUCUUCUGUAUAACCCCCACCUACCUAUUUUGAUUUGUUUAACACUUUGUUGGUUACUACAUGAUUCCAUAUGUGUUAUUUCAUAGUUUUAAUGUCUUCACUAUUAUUCUACAAUAUAGAAAAUAGUCAAAAUAAAGAAAAACCCUUGAAUGAGAGAGUAAUAAUUCAAUAAUUGUUCAAUGUAAUUGUAUUUCCAUUGUGAAAUCAUGCAACAGAUCUUGACAGGCUAUAUAUUAUUUGACCACAUCAGUGCAUUUGUUUACGAUAAUAAUCCAUAUGAAGUGCAGUAAUGUGUUAAAUGAGAGGUACAUGUGAAAGUGAAACCAUUGUUCAAAUACUAUAGAAGACAGAUCAUGGGAAAUGGAAUGAGAGACAUGGCUGAUCUUGUUCUGUUGGAAUAUUUGUCACACGCUGCAUUUCGCAGAGCGCGUUUUUAGAGACCGGUGGGACUUUUUGCCCGAAAGUACAGAUUGGCUCAUCAGAUAUCGUUUCCCAAAACCAAUCGUAGGAUCCUUGUGAGAAUUUCAGACCUACUUUAGAAAGGCAAACCCAUCCCAUUCAGGUGUGCAUCAAAGUGCUCUCCACCCUCAGGCGGGAGCUUUCCGUUCGGCAUCUCACAUCCCUCGAUGAGCCAGUGUUUUGGAUGCAGUCGUCAGCAAAACCAACUGUAACAUACUAUUUCCAUACACCAUCGCACAACAGGUUGAAGUCAAGAGGGGUUUCUUUGCCAUCAACGGGUUCCCAAGUAGCCUACGAAGACGGCCACCCACGUCGCCAUAGAAGCACCUUCCCAAAACGUGUUCAACUAUGUGAAAAGAAAAGGCUUCCACUCUUUAUGAGCAGGUGAUAGGUUAUGUGCUGCGCAAAAAAACGCUGCUGAAUGUGGUGGCCAGGUGAACAGGUGGAACACACGACUCAAGAAAUUGUCAAAGACACCAGUCACCCAAGUCAUAGACUGUUCUCUCUGCUACCGCACGGCAAGCGGUACCGGAGCGCCAAGUCUAGGUCCAAAAGGCUCCUUAACAGCUUCUAUCCCCAAACCAUAAGACAAUUAAUCAAAUGCCCACCCUGACUAUUUACAUUGACCCCCUGUACUCGCUGUUUAUUAUCUAUGCAUAGUCACUUUACCCCUACCUACAUGUACAAAUUACCUCGACUAACCUGUACCCCCGCACAUUGACUCGGUACCGGUACCCCCUGUAUAUAGCCUCGUUAUUGUUGUUUUAUUGUGUUACUUUUUAUUUUAUUUUUUACUUUAUUUAGUAAAUCUUUUCUUAACUCUAUUUCUUGAACUACUCAUUUGAAGUAAAUGUUCCAUUGCUAAAGCAACUUGAAUUGUCCCAAUGGUCCUCUCUUUGUAGCUAUGUUUUUAUUUUUACUGGUCAAACCACAACCGAGCGAGCCAAAUAAAACAUUUUGCUUGUACUCAAUCGCCUGACACCAGCACCUCUAAUUCUAAGCUUUUUUUCAGUUGCGCUGUUGUAGGCUAUUUCAUGGUACGGCGUUAUAUAUUCCCGCAGGCUUUAAAGGGAUGAUUUCGACCAUAUAUGGUUAAUUAGGAACGUUUCAAAAUGCAAAUAACCAAGGUUGUGUACCAGUACUGAGGCUGAGAACAAUUGGUAUGUAUCAACGGUUAUCUCCUACCGGUGUGUGAAUGAAGGUCGUAGGAUUGUUUGAUAAAUCUCACUUUUUCUAUGCAGAUGAACAUUCCAAAACACAUUCGUAAGUAGUAUUUUAGAAGAGUUUCUACGCAAUGUUUGAUAAAUGAGGCCCCAGGCCUUCCAGAAUAUAGUGGUGAGUUCAAAUCAAUACAACUUGGUUUAUACCCCCAGGGGCAAUAAAAAUAUGUUGUCUUGACUCUCAGGCGUUUCAGAAUACACUGGUAGGUUGGGGUUGGCCUGAAUAACUCUCCCAUUGUUUCAGAAAGCUUUUCAAUUGUGCAAGACAAGUUCACUCUUGAGGGCAAUGAAGUAUCAUAUCCUAUAUAUAAGAAGCCAUUUAGCAGACGCUUUUAUCCAAAGCAACUUACAGUCAUGUGUGCAUAAAUUUUAACGUAAGGGUGGUCCCGGGGAUCGAACCCACUACCCUGGCGUUACAAGCGCCACGCUCUACCAGCUGAGCUACAGAGGACUACGUCUCUCUAACGUUGCCCAUGCUGUACAUACUAUAAACACAGAUAUCUGAAUGAUAACGAUCACAGAUUAUGACAUUUCUAGAAACAUCUCGGAUUUUAUUUUUUCCAUGUGUUAGAGAGAGGAGCCAGUGGUCCAGUUCAGUUCUGGCUCUCUCAACCUGCCCAAUAAGAAACAGAAGAACCCAGAGAAGCCCGUGGCCUACCCCACCCUGGAGUGGAGCGACAUCAAGUUCCAGGACGUCAUCGGAGAGGGAAACUUUGGCCAGGUGCUCAAAGCCCGCAUCAAGAAGGACGGGCUGAGGAUGGACGCUGCUAUCAAACGCAUGAAAGGUGAGGCUGUGCACCUUGAAUGAAUGGAUAGAUGGAUGAAUGGACUGAUAAAUGGAUGGAUCAAUUAAUUAAUCAAUGAAUGAGUAGAUUUAAUGUCUCACCAUCGAUAACGAUCAUGGAAGACACAACCUUGGUACAGUGGGGAAAAAAAGUAUUUAGUCAGCCACCAAUUGUGCAAGUUCUCCCACUUAAAAAGAUGAGAGAGGCCUGUAAUUUUCAUCAUAGGUACACGUCAACUAUGACAGACAAAAUGAGAAAAAAAAAUCCAGAAAAUCACAUUGUAGGAUUUUUAAUGAAUUUAUUUGCAAAUUAUGGUGGAAAAUAAGUAUUUGGUCAAUAACAAAAGUUUCUCAAUACUUUGUUAUAUACCCUUUGUUGGCAAUGACACAGGUCAAACGUUUUCUGUAAGUCUUCACAAGGUUUUCACACACUGUUGCUGGUAUUUUGGCCCAUUCCUCCAUGCAGAUCUCCUCUAGAGCAGUGAUGUUUUGGGGCUGUCGCUGGGCAACACGGACUUUCAACUCCCUCCAAAGAUUUUCUAUGGGGUUGAGAUCUGGAGACUGGCUAGGCCACUCCAGGACCUUGAAAUGCUUCUUACGAAGCCACUCCUUCGUUGCCCGGGCGGUGUGUUUGGGAUCAUUGUCAUGCUGAAAGACCCAGCCACGUUCAAUGUCCUUGCUGAUGGAAGGAGGUUUUCACUCAAAAUCUCACAAUACAUGGCCCCAUUCAUUCUUUCCUUUACACGGAUCAGUCGUCCUGGUCCCUUUGCAGAAAAACAGCCCCAAAGCAUGAUGUUUCCACCCCCAUGCUUCACAGUAGGUAUGGUGUUCUUUGGAUGCAACUCAGCAUUCUUUGUCCUCCAAACACGACGAGUUGAGUUUUUACCAAAAAGUUAUAUUUUGGUUUCAUCUGACCAUAUGACAUUCUCCCAAUCCUCUUCUGGAUCAUCCAAAUGCACUCUAGCAAACUUCAGACGGGCCUGGACAUGUACUGGCUUAAGCAGGGGGACACGUCUGGCACUGCAGGAUUUGAGUCCCUGGCGGCGUAAUGUGUUACUGAUGGUAGGCUUUGUUACUUUGGUCCCAGCUCUCUGCAGGUCAUUCACUAGGUCACCCCCGUGUGGUUCUGGGAUUUUUGCUCACCGUUCUUGUGAUCAUUUUGACCCCACGGGGUGAGAUCUUGCAUGGAGCCCCAGAUCGAGGGAGAUUAUCAGUGGUCUUGUAUGUCUUCCAUUUCCUAAUAAUUGCUCCCACAGUUGAUUUCUUCAAACCAAGCUGCUUACCUAUUGCAGAUUCAGUCUUCCCAGCCUGGUGCAGGUCUACAAUUUUGUUUCUGGUGUCCUUUGACAGCUCUUUGGUCUUGGCCAUAGUGGAGUUUGGAGUGUGACUGUUUGAGGUUGUGGACAGGUGUCUUUUAUACUGAUAACAAGUUCAAACAGGUGCAAUUAAUACAGGUAACGAGUGGAGGACAGAGGAGCCUCUUAAAGAAGAAGUUACAGGUCUGUGAGAGCCAGAAAUCUUGUUUGUAGGUGACCAAAUACUUAUUUUCCACCAUAAUUUGCAAAUAAAUUCAUUAAAGGAUUUUUUUUCUCAAUUUGUCUGUCAUAGUUGACGUGUACCUAUGAUGAAAAUUACAGGCCUCUCUCAUCUUUUUAAGUGGGAGAACUUGCACAAUUGGUGGCUGACUAAAAACAAAUUUCCCCACUGUAUAUUUCUGAGACUUAAAGGCUCAGUCAGUGAUUUGUGUUUCUGACAGAGUAUGCCUCUAAAGACCACCACAGGGACUUUGAUUUUAGUGUUACAACUCUGUGUGUGUGUGUGUGUGUGUCUGUGUAUCUUGUGUGUGUGUGUGUGUGUGUGUAUCUUGUGUGUGUGUGUGUGUAUCUUGUGUGUGUGUGUGUGUGUCUUGUGUGUGUGUGUCCCCCACAGAGUAUGCCUCUAAAGAUGACCACAGGGACUUUGCAGGGGAACUGGAGGUGCUGUGUAAACUAGGUCACCACCCCAACAUCAUCAACCUACUGGGGGCCUGUGAACACAGAGGUAAUAUAAUAAUAGUAUUGUUAUGAUGAACACAGAGGUACGAUACAAACAGCUCUCUUUUACUGGCCUGUUGAUCAGAUGGGUUUUACUGGCCUGGUGAUCAGAUGGGUUUUACUGGGCCUGUUGAUCAGAUGGGUUUUACUGGGCCUGUUGAUCAGAUGGGUUUUACUGGGCUGUUGGUCAGAUGGGUUUUACUGGGCCUGUUGAUCAGAUGGGUUUUACUGGCCUGUUGAUCAGAUGGGUUUUACUGGCCUGUUGGUCAGAUGGGUUUACUGGGCCUGUUGAUCAGAUGGGUUUUACUGGGCCUGUUGAUCAGAUGGGUUUUACUGGGCCUGUUGAUCAGAUGGGUUUUACUGGCCUGUUGGUCAGAUGGGUUUUACUGGGCCUGUUGAUCAGAUGGGUUUUACUGGGCCUGUUGAUCAGAUGGGUUUUACCGUGGGCCUGUGUUGAUCAGAUGGGUUUUACUGGGCCUGUUGAUCAGAUGGGUUUUAACUGGGCCUGUUGAUCAGAUGGGGUUUUUACUGGCCUGUUGAUCAGAUGGGUUUUACCUGGGCCUGUUGAUCAGCAUUGGGUUUUACACUGGCCUGUUGAUCAGAUGGGUUUAACUGGGCCUGUUGAUUAGAUUGGGUUUUACUGGGCUGUUGAUCAGAUGGGGUUUUACUGGGCCUGUUGAUCAGAUGGGUUUUACUGGCCUGUUGAUCAAUGGGGUUUUUAACUGGGCCUGUUGAUCAGAUGGGUUUUACUAGACUGGGGCCUGUUAUCAGAUGGGUUUUACUGGGCUGUUGAUCAAUGGGUUUUACUGGCCCUGUUGAUCAGAUGGGUUUACUGGGCCGUUGAUCAGAUGGGUUUUACUGGGCCUGGUGAUCAGAUGGGUUUACUGGGCCUGUUGAUCAGAUGGGUUUUAGUGGCCUGUUGAUCAGAUGGGUUUUACUAGGCCUGUUGAUCAGAUGGGUUUUACUGGCCUGUUGAUCAGAUGGGUUUUACUGGGCCUGUUGAUCAGAUGGGUUUUACUGGGCCUGUUGAUCAGAUGGGUUUUACUGGCCUGUUGAUCAGAUGGGUUUUACUGGCCUGUUGAUCAGAUGGGUUUUACUGGCCUGUUGAUCAGAUGGGUUUUACUGGGCCUGUUGAUCAGAUGGGUUUUACUGGCCUGUUGAUCAGAUGGGUUUUACUGGCCUGUUGAUCAGAUGGGUUUUACUGGGCCUGUUGAUCAGAUGGGUUUUACUGGCCUGUUGAUCAGAUGGGUUUUACUGGCCUGUUGAUCAGAUGGGUUUCUCUCUGUUACCUCUCUUCAGGAUAUCUCUAACUAGCAAUAGAGUAAAAUGGUAUAUGAUAUUAUUAACCAGGUUUUUCUACCAUGUCUCCAGGCUAUCUGUACCUGGCCAUAGAGUUCGCCCCUCACGGUAACCUGUUGGACUUCCUGAGGAAGAGCAGAGUGUUGGAGACUGACCCGGCCUUCGCUAUCGCUAACAGCACCGCCUCCACCCUCACCUCACAACAGCUGCUGCACUUUGCUGCGGACGUGGCCCGCGGCAUGGACUACCUGGCUCAGAAACAGGUUAGUACUGCAGACCUGGCCCGCGGCAUGGACUACCUGGCUCAGAAACAGGUUAGUACUGCAGACCUGGCCCGCGGCAUGGACUACCUGGCUCAGAAACAGGUUAGUACUGCAGACCUGGCCCGCGGCAUGGACUACCUGGCUCAGAAACAGGUUAGUACUGCAGACCUGGCCCGCGGCAUGGACUACCUGGCUCAGAAACAGGUUAGUACUGCAGACCUGGCCCGCGGCAUGGACUACCUGGCUCAGAAACAGGUUAGUACUGCAGACCUGGCCCGUGGCUUAGACUACCUGGCUCAGAAACAGGUUAGUACUGCAGACCUGGCCCGUGGCAUGGACUACCUGGCUCAGAAACAGGUUAGUACUGCAGACCUGGCCCGCGGCAUGGACUACCUGGCUCAGAAACAGGUUAGUACUGCAGACCUGGCCCGCGGCAUGGACUACCUGGCUCAGAAACAGGUUAGUACUGCAGACCUGGCCCGCGGCAUGGACUACCUGGCUCAGAAACAGGUUGGCAUUGGCCUUGACGCGGCAAGACAGCUGAUCUGGGACCAGGCUAGGUACAGCCCAAACUGGUCUGGGACCAGGCUAGUUACAGCCCAAACUGGUCUGGGACCAGGCUAGGUACAGCCCAAACUGAUCUGGGACCAGGCUAGGUACAGCCCAAACUGGUCUGGGACCAGGCUAGGUACAGCCCAAACUGAUCUGGGACCAGGUACAGCCCAAACUGGUCUGGGUCCAGGCUAGGUACAGCCCAAACUGGUCUGGGACCAGGCUAGGUACAGCCCAAACUGGUCUGGGACCAGGCUAGGUACAGCCCAAACUGGUCUGGGACCAGGCUAGGUACAGCCCAAACUGAUCUGGGACCAGGCUAGGUACAGCCCAAACUGGUCUGGGACCAGGCUAGGUACAGCCCAAACUGGUCUGGGACCAGGCUAGGUACAGCCCAAACUGGUCUGGGACCAGGCUAGGUACAGCCCAAACUGGUCUGGGACCAGGUACAGCCCAAACUGGUCUGGCACCAGGCUAGGUACAGCCCAAACUGGUCUGGCACCAGGCUUGGUACAGCCCAAACUGGUCUGGGACCAGGCUUGGUCCGUGCCUUUUUAUGUUUCAGACCCCAGAGACAAGAGAGUGUGCUUUUAGUCAUAACAUCCCAUAAACGCUUCACAGUGGAUUUAUUCUUGUGAGUUGUAUAAUCUGACCAGAUCUCUUGUGAUUUCUAGUUCAUCCACAGAGACCUGGCAGCCAGAAACAUCCUGGUGGGAGAGAACUUAGUGGCCAAGAUAGCGGACUUCGGUCUCUCCAGAGGGCAGGAGGUCUAUGUGAAGAAGACCAUGGUAAGAGUCUCCGAAGCUGACAAACUUCAACGUCAACAUAAAAAUCACAAGGGCGUUUAUACUAUGAAACUGUAUGAUCCUCUCAGGCCGCUGUGGUCACAAACAGAAGGCAGUCACCUAGCCUGCCUUUCCAGUUGGACGGAGGGACACACCAGGGCUGCCCACUAGCACCACUCUUAUUUGCAGCCCUGGUGCUGAAACUUUGUUGACAAAGACAUCUUUACUGUGUGUGACUCACAGGGCCGGUUACCUGUCAGGUGGAUGGCCAUAGAAUCACUCAACUACAGCGUCUACACCACAAACAGUGAUGUGUGAGUACUGCAUCUUUUAAACGAGACGUUUAAAAAAAAAAAAAAAUUACAACCAAAUCUCUAUUUUUGAUGGAAAUGGCAUGUUAUAGGGGGAUGUAGCUCAGUUGGUAGAGCAUGGUGUUUGCAACGCCAGGGUUGUGGGUUCAAUUCCCACGGGGGGCCAGUAUGUAAAAUAAAAUAAUGUAUGCACUCACUAACUGUAAGUCGCUCUGGAUAAGAGCAUCUGCUAAAUGACUAAAAUGUAAAUGUAUAUAGAAGGGUCCAGACACCUUUUUUUGUGAUUUCACUUGUUUUUGUGAAACUUACCCCAAACAGUAAAUCACUUCCUCAUCCUUAUUGUGUUGAAAAAUCAUGAACAAAGGCUCCAAAAACACCCAAAUACGUCCUUUUAGAAACGACAACACUCUCAGUAUAGUGAUGCAGGUCUGUGUCAUACCGAACUUGGAUUCUCAACGUUUUAUUCCGUUUCCAAAGUACCUAAACUGUCAUCUAAACACUGAUAGUGACAGCUGCAGAAUGAACUUUCAAAUACAUUUACAGUAUAUAAACUGACUGUGUACACUGAUUCUCUCUCUCUCUCUCUCUCUCUCCCUCCCUCUCGCAUUCUCUCUCUCUCUCUCUCUCUCUCUCUCUCUCUCUCUCUCUCUUCUCUAUCUCUCUCUCUCUCUCUCUCUCUUCUCUAUCUAGAUGGUCUUAUGGUGUACUUCUCUGGGAGAUCGUCAGUUUAGGUUUGUAUCCAGGAUAAUUAUGUUUGCAUCCAGGAUAAUUAGGUUUGUAUCCAGGAUAAUUAAGUUUGUAUCCAGGAUAAUUAAGUUUGUAUCCAGGAUAAUUAAGUUUGCAUCCAGGAUAAUUAGGUUUGCAUCCAGGAUAAUUAGGUUUGUAUCCAGGAUAAUUAAGUUUGUAUCCAGGAUAAUUAAGUUUGCAUCCAGGAUAAUUAGGUUUGUAUCCAGGAUAAUUAAGUUUGUAUCCAGGAUAAUUAAGUUUGUAUCCAGGAUAAUUAGGUUUGUAUCCAGGAUAAUUAGGUUUGUAUCCAGGAUAAUUAGGUUUGCAUCCAGGAUAAUUAGGUUUGCAUCCAGGAUAAUGAAAUAAUCUGCAUUUGAAGUGCAGCCUGAUAAGUCCAGUGUGUGUACAUUACUGUGCGUGCGUCUUGUCAUGUACAGUGUAUUUUGUGUUGACCUGUGUAUCAGGAGGUACUCCGUACUGUGGGAUGACCUGUGCAGCGCUGUAUGAGAAACUCCCUCAGAGCUACCGGCUGGAGAAACCACUCAACUGUGACGAUGAGGUGUAAGUAGUCUGGAGAUGGUAGUCUGAUCCUAACCCUGAAACAGCUGGGGGCUGGGCUAUAGGGUGUCAGUACUACAGACAGACAGGGCUCUGAAGACCCUAACCCUGAAACAGCUGGGGGCUGGGCUAUAGGGUGUCAGUACUACAGACAGACAGGGCUCUGAAGAUCCUAACCCUGAAACAGCUGGGGGCUGGGCUAUAGGGUGUCAGUACUGCAGACAGACAGGGCUCUGAAGACCCUAACCCUGAAACAGCUGGGGGCUGGGCUAUAGGGUGUCAGUACUGCAGACAGACAGGGCUCUGAAGACCCUAACCCUGAAACAGCUGGGGGCUGGGCUAUAGGGUGUCAGUACUGCAGACAGACAGGGCUCUGAAGACCCUAACCCUGAAACAGCUGGGGGCUGGGCUAUAGGGUGUCAGUACUACAGACAGACAGGGCUCUGAAGACCCUAACCCUGAAACAGCUGGGGGCUGGGCUAUAGGGUGUCAGUACUGCAGACAGACAGGGCUCUGCUGAAGAUCCUAACCCUGAAACAGCUGGGGGCUGGGCUAUAGGGUGUCAGUACUGCAGACAGACAGGGCUCUGAAGACCCUAACCCUGAAACAGCUGGGGGCUGGGCUAUAGGGUGUCAGUACUGCAGACAGGGCUCUGCUGAAGACCGACGGUAGAGAUCAGAGAAUAUAGAGGCGUUCAGAAUAUAGAGACAUACAGAAUAUAGAGACAUACAGAAUAUAGAGACAUACAGAAUAUAGAGACAUACAGAAUAUAGAGGCGUUCAGAAUAUAGAGACAUACAGAAUAUAGAGACAUACAGAAUAUAGAGACAUACAGAAUAUAGAGACAUACAGAAUAUAGAGGCGUUCAGAAUAUAGAGAUAAAGAGACAUACAGAAUAUAGAGACAUACAGAAUAUAGAGACAUACAGAAUAUAGAGACAUACAGAAUAUAGAGGCGUUCAGAAUAUAGAGACAUACAGAAUAUAGAGACAUACAGAAUAUAGAGACAUACAGAAUAUAGAGACAUACAGAAUAUAGAGGCGUUCAGAAUAUAGAGACAUACAGAAUAUAGAGACAUACAGAAUAUAGAGACAUACAGAAUAUAGAGACAUACAGAAUAUAGAGACGUACAGAAUAUAGAGACAUACAGAAUAUAGAGACGUACAGAAUAUAGAGACAUACAGAAUAUAGAGACGUACAGAAUAUAGAGACGUACAGAAUAUAGAGACAUACAGAAUAUAGAGACGUACAGAAUAUAGAGACAUACAGAAUAUAGAGACAUACAGAAUAUAGAGACGUACAGAAUAUAGAGACAUACAGAAUAUAGAGACGUACAGAAUAUAGAGACAUACAGAAUAUAGAGACGUACAGAAUAUAGAGACGUACAGAAUAUAGAGACAUACAGAAUAUAGAGACGUACAGAAUAUAGAGACGUACAGAAUAUAGAGACAUACAGAAUAUAGAGACAUACAGAAUAUAGAGACGUUCAGAAUAUAGAGGCAUACAAGGUUAUUUGCCGUAUGUAAUAAAUACGUAUAACACCCCUCUCCUGUGUGGUCGUGUCCAGGUACGACCUGAUGCGGCAGUGCUGGAGAGAGAAGCCUUACGAGAGACCCUCGUUUCAACAGAUACUGGUGUCACUCAACAGGAUGCUGGAGGAGAGGAAGGUAAAUCAAAACACUUUAUUUUUUGCUGAUUCAUUUACACAGUCAUUGGUAAAAAAAAACAAAAACACAACAACUCACAGGACAUUCAGUAGAGAAUUUGAAGUUACAGUAGGUAGUAGCAGCCACAGCGUUGGGACGGGGAUAUGGACGGCAGGUAGCUUAGUGGGUAAGAGCGUUGUGCCAGUAACCGAAAGGUCGCUGGUUCUAAUCCCCGAGCCGACUAGGUGAAAAAUCUGUCGAUGUGCCCUUAAGCAAGGAACUUAACCCUAAUUGCUCCUGUAAGUCGCUCUGGAUAAGAGCGUCUGCUAAAUGACGUAAAUGUAAAUGUAUAUAACAGUAGCCCACUGCAAGCUUUCUCUAACAGUUCAUUAAAGCACAGAACUUUAUUCUCUUCCUGUCGUUUCCAGACGUAUGUCAACACAACCCUGUAUGAGAAGUUCACCUAUGCUGGCAUCGACUGCUCCGCAGAAGAAGCUGGAUAGCCUUGUGCUCUUCCAAGAAAAAACGACAGUACAAGUAUUCCACUACCGCUGCACUAUACAGGAAUAAUACAAGUUACACGGUUUAAGAAAUCCUCCACAAGGGAUUCACAGACUAGUAUUUUGCGCAUAUUGUGUAUUCCAAGUUAUGUGCUAACUUUGUACAAUCAUAAACUGACUUUCAAAACGGUCAUGUUAAGAUGUGUUGUUGUUGUUGUUGUUGAUUCUUCUGUUCUGAUGAAUGUCCACCCUAUUCCCUAUACUGUGUAGUGCACUACCUGUGGACCCUGGUCUAAAGUAG